UCGGACUGGGCCGCCACCGUGGCCAUGCUUGUUUGUGUUUGUUUGGAUUGGAACGGGGGGCGGAGGAGGAGGGCUUGGCUUGUGAGAAAAGGGGGCGGGAGCAGAGCAGAGCAGGACACGCCGGUGCAGCAGGCGGAAGGAAAAGUAGUGCUAGCAUGAGUGCAAGUCGUCAAAUUGGAGCAGAAAAAAAAUGAGGAAAAAUAUUAUUAAAUAAUUGUAAGUAUCGAUAUUUUAGCUAGGAAGAUCGAUACUCAAAAAUGAGCAGCCUGGAUCGAUAUAUCGAUAUUUCGGUAUCGAUCCGCCCAUCCCUAUUAUGGAGUCUGCUACCACAAGCCGUGAAGCUGACCGGCCGGCGGCGGCCUCGUCGACUAAUAAUACCGAGUUGACAGCAAGUGUGCGGUUUUGCCUCACUAGUACUGUCAUGCUCUCCUGCCAACAUGCCAAAGUCUUCCCACCAAUGAGGACAAAAAGCAUCUCAUAGUCUGACGACAAUUUCCUUCCCUGUGUUUUUUUCUCUUGGUAUGGCGCCGUGAGUGGCUGCCUCCCAGCAGUGUUCUCUCUUUUCCUCUUUAUUUCCUUAUUUUCUCCUUUUUCUUUCUGUCUUUUUGUCCAUUCGGCGAUGCUGGUGCCUUCUACCGCACCUCGGUACCUCUUCGGAUCGGAUAUUUUAUUUUAUUUAUUUUUUCUUCCUGGGACCGGACCGGGAUCAUCGGUCGAGGCCGGCGUAACUCUACGACGGCUUCCUGCUUAUCCGACCAGUGAUGACCGGGUCCUUCGCAUUGGCCUUGCAGCCGCAACACCUGUGGGGAGUCCGCUCCCUCGUGCUCGUCGGAACCGACGACUUUCGCCAUGCUAGCCCCGUGGUGGCCAUCUGCACGUCCCCCGACAGGGUGCCCGGGACGCUGCUCACACGUUCGCCUGCUUUGUGAUGUUUUCACCGAUUCACCACCACGGUCCAUUGGGCGCCGUUGAACUGGACUGCCCUUACACCUGUCGAUGGACCCUGUGGAGGCUAUUUUGUGUGUUUUGGGGUGUUCUCUUGUAUUGAGGGGUGCUAGGUGGCCGCUGUUGCUUUUUUUUUCCUUUGUCUUUUAGCUUUGAUUUGCUUUGAUGGCUUUUAUCUUGUGCACUUUCUGACUUUCUUUGUGGCGCCGUUGUGUGGCAGCCUUGUGAGAGCCUAUUGAGUUGCGCUCAUGCCAUCUGUGUGUUUUUUGUAUACCCACUCUGUGGUAUGGAUACUGCUGGGGCCUGAAUUUCCCCACCCCUGGGGAUCAAUAAAUAUUCAAUCAAUCAAUCAAACCAGUGGCAAGAAGAAGGAUGGGGACCUGGCGGCGGCCAUGUCGCGGGCAGGGGCGCUGGAAAGUCAGCUGAACCAGAGUGCGGCUGCGCUGUCCACGGCGCUCAGCCAGAACGCCGCGCUCUCCGCCGACCUGCUUGAAGUCAAGAAUCUUCUGGCUAAGGCAGAGGACAGCCACGCCAUCGCCAAGCGGCAGCUGGAGGCAGAAACCUUGCGGCGUGUGGACUUGGAAAACCGCUGCCAGACUCUCAACGAGGAUCUGGAGUUCAGGAAGACCGUUUAUCAGGAGGAAGUUCGCGAAUCUCGCUGCAGCCAAGAGCAGAGAAUUGUUGAGGUGGACUCAGGAUCCAAGCAGGACUAUGAGUUCAAACUUGCACAAGCUUUACAGGACCUGCGCGAGCAGCACGAUGAGCUAGUGUCUCAGUACAAGGGCGAACUGGAGCAGACCUUCCAGGCCAAGCUGGACAACGCCAAGGUGUCGUCUGCAAUGAACGACAAGGCCAUGUGCACAGCCCGAGAGGAGGUGCAGGAGUCUCGAACGAGAAUUGAAACUCUGAGCUAUCAGCUGAGCGCCCUGCAGAAACAAGCAGCCGCCGCCGCCGAGGAUCGUGUCCGGGAGCUGGAGGACAUCUUGGCAUCGGAGCGGGACAAGUACCGGCGCGUCAUGGAGGUCAAUGAGGACGAGAUGAACGACCUGCGCGAGCGCAUGAACGCGCAGCUCUCUGAGUACCAGGAGCUGCUGGACGUCAAGCUCACAGUAGACAUGGAGAUCAAUGCCUACAGGAAGCUCCUGGAUGGCGAGGAGCACAGGCUCAAGCUGUCUCCCAGCCCAUCUUCGCGCGUCACCAUCUCCAGGGUGACAGGCUCAUCCUCGUCCCGCACCUCCAAACGAAGGAGGACAGACCUGGAGUCGGGCGACCACAAGCGUGGCGAGGAGCUGCUGCUGGCGUCUGAGGAGGAUGCGGCGAGCGGCGGCGUCUCCAUCUCGCCCACCGACAUGAACGGCAACAAGGUCACGCUGGCCAACGACACGGAGCAGGACCAGCCGUUGGGGAACUGGAGACUGAAGAGACAAGUGGACGACGCUGUCGAGAUCGUCUACAAGUUCUCACCAGAGUUUGUUCUCAAGGCCGGACAGACUGUCACGGUGGGGUUUGCACAUGCUGACGUGGCCCAACGUCUGCCCACUGAUCUCCUGUGGAAAAGCCAAGCUUCCGGGGGCACAGGAAGUGACAUUACCACCACCUUGGUGAACUCUGACGGCGAGGAAGUGGCCAGACGCAGUGUCAGCAAGAAGGUGGAGAAUGGAGAAGAAGAACAGGAGGACGACGACGACGCGGAGCCAAUUGCGCACAAGAAGGCCAAAAUAGCGUCCAGGGAGUGCGCCGUCAUGUGAAGCCUCGGCAGCAAGCGUCGGAGCUUCCUUGUGCUGUCCGUCGUAUCCAAGCAAAUUCCUGCUUGUUUGUUGGGCUGCUGCCGCGUUUUGAUUGUAGCCCUCCUAUGUUUGCCCUCGUGUUUGAUUAGUUGUUGUUGGCCGCCGGACUCUCCUCGUAGAUCUCUCUCGCUCUUUUUUUAUUUUUUUUAUUAUUUUUUGCCACCUUGAUGAAGGGCUUCCGUUGUGCCGUCAACAUACCAUCACAAGUGGUGGUUUUUAACCUUUUUUUCCCUCUUUUAUUUUGUUCAUGUAUCUCGCCAUUUGAUUUUAGUGUGCGCCCAACUGAGCGGCCGCACGCAGUUUGAUCAUCACCUUGCUUCUGUCAAUUUUUUUAGAGCUACUCGAGACUGACAUUAAUUGUUCCUUUGAGCAGCUCCAAUGUAUACAACACUACAAAGACAAAAAGAAAUCGUUGCAUCCGUAGGGGCGGAAAAUUCCUCAAAGUUUUUCAGUAAAUUUACAUGGAGGAUCAAAGAACAAUUUCAAAUUGGAAACUUUCCAGUUUAAGUGGGAAUUGCAGGUGAUUUAAUGGAAAGCUACACAGUCAAAAAUCUAAAGCGGGGCUGGGAUGCACGAAUUAAUUAAUCAUAGCUCAAAGUUUUUCAGUAAAUUUACAUGGAGGAUCAAAGAACAAUUUCAAAUUGGAAACUUUCCAGUUUAAGUGGGAAUUGCAGGUGAUUUAAUGGAAAGCUACACAGUCAAAAAUCUAAAGCAGGGCUGGGAUGCACGAAUUAAUUAAUCAUAGGUGAUUUACUUUAGUGAAUAUUCUGCACUUUUAGUUUGCAAACGAUGCCCUUUUUGAAUAAAUAAUAAUAAAUGUAUAUAAAAUAAAUGUUUAAAUCUGAUUAGAAUAAUUGGCAAAUGAAUCCUUUGUUAACAUUACCAUUAGUUGCCGUUCAACAUUUUAGUAUUUUUAAAAGCAGGACUGCGAAUAAAUGUUCCUCCUUGCCCACGUGAGCCCAUCAAAAGGACCUUAGCAAAUACAAAGUUUAGAGGUUAUCUUUUUAUUCCAACAAAUUCCCACUGGGAGUUUCUAAUGUUAAAUUCCUGUAAUUUUGUGAGCCAUUUUGUCAGUUUCUGACUUAAUUGCCGCUAUCUGUAGAAGCUGAACGAGUUUCUCGGUUCUUUUGAUAUUGUAAGCCUUUAUUGGAAAGCGUAGAGUGUGACGAUGCAAUGUGCAAGACGGCUGGCUGGUCUUCUGAUGUCGGCCGUUCAAAUGAUUAUGAAGACGAUGACAAAGAAUACUCCAAAUAUUUAAACUGAUCUUUUUUUAUUUUUCAGGCAAAAAAAAAGGUUCAGUUCAUGAGAUGCGUGUGUCUUUGAACGCACCUUGAGUGACCUGUGUUUUUGUGUGUGUUUUCAUGCCAUGUUACACUAGAUAUUGUUUAGUAUUUUUGGCAGUGUAAUCAGUUUGUUUACAUUCAGUAUGACUUUAAUUUUGUCUUAAGGAUCUCCAGGUGAUUAAGUUUGGGUGUUAAUGACCUGAACCUUGAUUCUUCUACAUUGAGGAUUUGCAGACAGUGUGGAAUCAUUAUUUCAACAAAAGUAGGCAGGUGCAUACAUUUGGGCACCCCAAGAGAAAAAUGACAUCAAUAUUUAGUAGAUCCUCCUUUUGCAGAAAUAACAGCCUAUAAACCAGGGGUCCUGAACCUCGAAUCGGUCAAACUAGGGGUUCGGUGAGUCGGUCUCAGGGGUUCAGCAGAGCCUCUACUGGGGAGGUCCGAACACACCUGAUUUAUCAAUUUGUGAUAACGCAUAUCUGAACUGGUCUCGUAAAGGCAACAGCAGAAGUCACACUGAUUUGCUGGUAUGUCAUUUGACGUGAAUUCAUGCAUUAUGUUGGUUUUAUUCUUUGAACAAGGUGAUGUUCAUGCACGGCUCAUUUUGUGUGCCAGUAAAAAACAUCUAUGUCUUGAAUUUGAAAAAAAUAUAUACAUUUUUUUCACUAACGAGGGGUUCGGUGAUUGCGCAUAUGAAACUGGUGGGAUUCGGUACCUCCAACAAGGAACCACUGCUCUAAACACUUCCGAAAGCUUCCAAUGAGAGUGUGGAUUCUGGUUGAAGGAAUAUUGGACCAUUCUUCUUGACAAAUCGUUAACUCCAAUAAACUUAAUUUCACUUCUCAAA